AUGACUCUGUCCAGCGUUCGGCUCGCCACCUCCCUCCUCCGGAUUGCCACCUCCCUGUUCCUUCUCAUCUCCUUCCACAUCGUUCUCUCUGGUAUGCUUAUUAUACGCUCGAGAAGAUUUUCUGCGACUCGGGCAUGGUGAUGAUUGACGUUGGUCGCAGGGUGGGGAGCUGACGGCGUCGCUCUCCGCGUGGUCAACCGGUGCGACUUCCCCAUAUGGCCCGCCGUCGCCCCCAACGGCGGCUACCCCGUCAUCGCCAACGGCGGCUUCUUCCUCCCCCCGGGAGAGUCCACGCGGGUCAACACCCCCGUGCCGUGGAGCGGCCGCCUCUGGGCCAGAACCGGCUGCGAGUUCGACUCCCCUCGGCCAGGUCUCACCUGUCGCACCGGCGACUGCCAGGGCCGCUUCGCCUGUAACGGCACCACCGGCGCGCCGCCGGCCACGCUCAUUGAGGUCCACCUUCUUCUCCAACCCGUGCGAACGACGGCAUAUUUCUGCGAGAAUUUCAUUCCAUCAGUUGCGCGCAGAUGAAUCUCCAACGGCACGGGAGGAGCUUCUACGACGUGAGCCUGGUCGACGGCUACAACCUCGCCGUCUCCGUCUCGGCCGCGCCGCCCGGCGACGGCGAGUGCUUCAUCGGCGGGUGCGCGGGGGACCCCAACGCGGCGUGCCCGCCAGAGCUGCAGGUUAUGGGCGGCGGCGGAGAGGUGGUCGCCUGCAAGAGCGCCUGCAUGGCCUUCGACCUUGACGACUACUGCUGCCGCAACGCCUUCGGGAACGAGGAGACCUGCCGACCCAGCAGCUACUCCAUGCUCUUCAAGGAGAUUUGCCCCUCCUACCGCACCUACGCCUUCGACAAAGAGACGCCCACCGUCGGUUGCUCCGCCCACGCCUUCGUCGUCACCUUCUGCCCUCCGGCGUGGGGCGGCGCCGCCGCCGUGUAA